AUCAGUGUCGCGCAGCCGCUGGUGUAUUCCUGCAUGGGCGUAAACGAAGAAAGUUUGCCGUUUCAAACAAACGGCAAGAGUUUACGACUAUACACGUAAUAAUCGAAUAACCAUUGCUCAGAACGAUAGGACAGUGUCGGAGUGAAAUGGAAUAAUUGGAGUUCAUCGCGUGGAAAGACUGAUCGCCGAGGAAACUGGCGAGGAAUUUUUGUCGCGUUACGCCAUGUUCGUCGAUGCGAGGAAACUGCACCAGAUGUAUCGCUGAGUUCGCGCAAAAUGUCUAUGAUGAAAAUUUCUCGCAAGCAUCGAAACAAUGCUCAUGUGUUCAUCCGAAGUAGCGCGACGUUUACUUUAACGUAUAAACCGCAACGCGACAAGUAAACCUUACGUGAAGUUAUUUAGUGCGUUAUGUACGAGUACUCUGCAUGGUCUUUCUGCAGCAACCUUUUUAGAAUUUCAUAGUGGACUUUUGAGAAACGUUCGUAUCUUAGACUACCUCUCUAGAAAGUGUCAGUUCGACUAGGCAGGCAAACAUGUACACGUUCAAACCGUUUGUGUUCAUGAAACAUGAAGUCCAAAGCAUGGAACGGCCCAGGGGUAGAAGUGGCCACAGGAUAGUCUGUGACCACAAAAACUUGUAUUCUUAUGGUGGUUUCAAUCCGUGCAUCGCUGACUCUGAUCCUGAAAUGCAGCAUGAUCCUACAUGGAUGUCUACCAAACCUCUGUUUAAAGAAGUUUGGAAGUUCAAUCUUGUUACACAACAGUGGAAAUUAUUGCCAGGGAGAGAUAAGAUGCCCAAUGAAUUAGCAUCUAAUGCAGUGAUUUUAAGGAACAAUAUCCUGAUAGUUUAUGGUGGAACUGCUGUACCAUUUGGACAUAGCUGCAGCAAUCGCCUCUAUGUUUGCAAUGUAGAUAAUGGGAAAAUGCAUAUGGUUCCAGCACAGGGAGAUCUGCCUGAACCACAAUAUGGGCAAGCUUUAAUUUGCCAUGGUCCAUAUUUGUAUACUGUUGGUGGUACCACAGGAUUCGAAUAUACAUGCGACAUUCACAGAUUUGACCUUAGGAAUGGUAUUUGGGAAACCGUUUAUAUAUGCUCUGGCAGAGAUCAGAAUGAACCCUCGGGAAGAUACAGACACGAGUUAGCAUUUGAUGGAAAGCUUAUAUACGUUUUGGGUGGAGGGACAGCCAGUGAAGCUUUUGGUUUUGCUGAAAUUCCAGCGUUUGAUUUAGGAACAAACAGAUGGUUGACGCUAAACACUUAUAACGAUAAUAAUAUUUACGCGGUACCAGAACCUAGACGUUGCCAUGGUUCUGUGCAGUAUACAGAUGGAAAAACAGGCGUAACGUUUGUUGUCAUUUCUGGUGGAUACAACGGGGAUCACAUAUUCUCUGACGUUUGGAGAUUAAAUUUGAAACUCUUACAAUGGACAUGCUUACGAAAGUGUAUAUUGCCGUGUCCUGUAUAUUUCCACUCUGCUGCUCUUACUCCAGAAGGAAGAAUGUAUACAUUUGGCGGCAUUAUUAAGGAGAAUAACAGGAUUGUAAGGACGGACGAGGUUCAUUCUGUUUGGCUGACGAUUCCGAAGUUAUCGGAGAUUUGCUGGGAAGCAUUGAUUCAUUACUAUCCGAUGACUUUCAGACAUAAAUCGCAGGAUGACUUGCUUCACAUUGGUGUACCUCUGAAAUUCGUGAGGAGACUCGAAUGGCCCGUAAUGGAUGCGGAAGUCACAAGUGGAAUUUCUUCUACGAGAAGUAUUGCUGCUGAAUGACACAGGUUUUCCAUUAUUACUCCACUUUUUACAGGGAUUAUUGUAUCCUAUGUUCUAUACAAAUUAUUUCCUGAGUCGUGUUCUGAACUUACGUCUUUCUUUCUUUAAAUUUCAUUAAUUAAUCGAUUCAUAACUUAUUUUAUUUGAACUUUUAACAAAGACUUUUAUAGUUAACGAAAG